AUGCCAAGGGUGCGCUCCAGCACACCGACCGCGUCGGAGGCUGCAGCAGCAGCCACGUCGUGUUCCCAUGCCGUCGAUCGCCUGCCCGACCCACACGCCCCUGUCUCGACCGCCCCGCCCUCCUCUUCUUCGCACCGCCACACCUCUCGCCGCCACCACCCACACCACUACCACGGCCACGGCUACGGCCGCCACCAUCAGCCCGAUCGCCUGUCCCAACAUCGUCACCCGCACGCCCAGCACGGCCACGAUCACCGCGCCCACCACCGUGCUUGCGACGACGCCCAAGUCGAGGCCUUCUCGUUCGCCGCCACCCCACCUCCGCCGCAGCCCCCGUCUCCCCGUGCUGCAUCGACACCGCCACCACCGCUACCGCCAGCGUCGCCCCUUCCAGCCUCCCCUGCCGCCGCCUCCUCGGGCGCCAGGCAGCAGCGCUCGCGCACCCUCUCGCACUCGCUCCGGCGGCCCAGGGCCGACCUUUUCGCCGGCCUGCGCAAGAGGGGUGCCACUCUUCAACUGGGGUCGCCCUCGACGACACCGGCACGCACCGACUCGUGCUCGUCCGACGCCUCGACCUUCGACGACGCCUCGUCCGUCGUCCGGCGCCCGCCUUCGUCGGCUCACACAACCCCACCUCCCCUAGCCGCGCCGCCGGUUCCGCAGCAGCACUGUGGCCUCUCCUUGCUCAAGUCCCGCACCUCUUUGAGCCGGCUUCGUGGCCUGGCCAACUCGCCUUCGCCUCAGAGCGCGUCCUCGGUCGGUCAGCCGACCCCGCGCAACUCUAACGCUGGGCCUUCGAGCGAAAGUCCACGCCCUUUGUCGUCCCGGCGGACGCGGUCGCUCAGCUCACGCCAGCACGCCAAUGAUUCCAUCGAGCAGCCCAGCCGCAGCACCAGCCAACGUGUCAACCGCCCGCGCGCCGCGACCUCGGCCUCCCGCAGCGUAGGUCGCAGCCUCUUCGACUGCGGCAGCAUCGGCGACAGCCCGCGCUCGCCCCAUCCGAUCCAGGACGCUGCAGCAACCCGCGCCUCCCGCGUUCGUCCGAGCCUCCCUGCAGAGUUUGACGCUGCAGCGGGCACAUCUGCGGCACCAUCGAGUCAGACUUACUCCUCACAAGGCGCCGGGCAUCUCUGGCACGACGAGGAAGCACGGCUGCAAUCGCCGUUGUGGUCGGAAAAGGCGCUGGCCGGCCUGGGCUUCACCACGCCCGCACUGAGCGGCUUCCUGGUCCGCGAGCGCGCUCCAGCUGCUCCGUCCUCGCCCCCCGCUCCGGCAUCGAGCCUGCCGGGCUCGCCGCAACCAGCGUGGGCUCCGAUGCGGCCGUCGUCGGACUGGCCGUCGUACGCCCGCGAGCGCUCUUCCGGCCAUGUCGAUGGCGGGACGAGGCGCAGCAUGGCCAGAGACGCGGGCGAGGACCUCGUCUACCCGGCGCACGUCCAGCGAACGGCGAGCAGAGCCUCCUACCUGCCCAUGCCCGACGCCCUGGAGGCUCGCAGAGCAAACUCGCCCAGCUUCAUCGACGGCCCGGCCUCGUCGCUCGCUGCUCCCGAGUCCAGCUGGCGCCCGAAUGGCCAGGACGCCUACUGGCAGAGGCCACACAUUGGCAUCGGCCUGCCCACGGCCUAUCACCACGAGAGACCCUCGCCGCGUUUCGAUGGCCAUCCUGAGGCUUUCAAGCUGCCCCGGAUCAUGACCUCCGACGUGCGGUCCUCGGUAGAUGCGCCGACUGUCCCGCGCGCGGUCCAGCAUCGCCUCGCCGACCAGCAUGCCCAGCGCCCUCAGACCAACGCAUACCCAAGCGGCCCCGCUGCGGGGGCCUCUCCAGCCCUUGAUACCCGGCGUCCGGCGCCCGAUUCGACCAAUCCGCAACGCCAGCAUCCCUAUCACCAGCAACUCAAGCAUCUCUCGCAGCAUCGGCAGCAGCAGCGUCGGCACCCAUCAGACCUAUCGCUGUUCACGUCGACCUCGACUGACGGCCCCGGCACCGCAUCGCCCGGUCCCGUCCUCACGGCUGACACGUCGAUGACGAGCCUGGGCCCGUCGCGGACCGGUCACGACUCCGCCUCCGACGACCAUUCCCGCGCCAAGAGGGAUCGCCGAGGAUCCGACCACUCCGUGUCGCGACUGCCGACCAGGCGCGGGAGCAUCGACCUGGCUCCAGCCCACGGCGCCAGCAGGCCCCCGCUGCUCUCGCCCAUCGCGUCGUCGUCUCUCGGCGAGCGCUCCACGCACAGCCGCAGCACGCCCAACCUCGUCCAUGUCCAGCCCGAGCAGACGUCGCGGCUGCUGGAGCAGAUGCGCAUCGACGAGCUGCGGGCCCACAGCGUCCUGCAGUCGGGAUACCUCGAGCCGAGCAACGGCUGCGAGGCCGUCUUCCUACCGCGACCCCGCCUGCGAGCGCAGAGCGUCGAUGAUCUCGCGCAGGACUUUGAACUGGGGAGGGGCAGAGCGGCGAGGCAGCGUCAGCGCCAGCGCGAGCAACCGCGUUCCGGCAGGCCAACCGCGGGCUACCAAUCGGACCAGGAGGAACUCGCGCCGCCAAGGUGGCCCGACCAGGGACGUGCCGCCUCUCCUCGAAUGCGUCGGCAGCCGCGCGGGACGCCUUAUGGGCACGACGAUGCGCUCGCUGAGCCGCCGAUGUCGGCACCGAUCCCGGGCGCCCGUCCUAUCGCGGUGCCACACAGGGACAGCAGCAUGCGGACCGACCACGCCCGCUCGAACUCCAACUUUGGCUACAUGGAGGAAGAGCUGCUGGGCCACGAGACCGAGGCGCUCGACCUGCGCACGGUGCUGCGCCAGGGUUCGCAGCUCGAAGCUGAGCGGGCCGCCUGGCGCCACGAGCACCAGCGCAGCAUGAACUCGCUGACAGCCUCAAUCUUUUCCCGGCGCUCGGAUCGCUCGCUCCGCAGCAGCAGUCGGCCGACGCACGCCGCUUCCAGCUCGAAGGGCAGCACAGGAGACAUGGCACUCGAGGGGACCGCGCCGGCACCCGGCCGCUCGGAUCUGCGGUCCAUGUUUGACGACCCGGCUGACAAGGGCAAGCAGCCCGAGAGGCCUGGAGACGAGGCCGGUCGCCGCAUCGUCUGGACGGACAAGAGGACGGGCCGCUCUUUUCUGGUGAUGGACGACGACGAUGCCUUUGGGCGAACGACGGCUCGACCUUCGUCGAGGAGCGAUGUGGACGUUCGAGCCAGCCGCGACAGGCACAGCGCCUCAAGGCUGUCGAUCAACCCGAGCUCUGGCAUGACCUUCUGUCAGCCGCUUGCCCUGUGCCGCGCCGCUCCGGCUGCGUCCAAGAAGUCGUCCAGCUCCUUACUUCCACCACCGUCUGGAGAGGGGGAGCACGACGAGAAGACGGCCAGCAGCCCGCAGCCAGCCACGCUGGGCCAACGCCUGCGGGCCAGAUCGCUCAACUUCCGGAGCACCAAGAGCGCCACGCGUCCUGCUCGUCCAUCCGCCAUUGAGCGGCCCAUCUCGCGAGCUGAUACGUUGGCAUCGCAGUUCCGGCGUCCGAGCGGCACUCUGGAACGCUCGCUGGUGUCGGACGAGCCCGUCGUCAUCGGCAAAUUUACCUUCCCUGCUCCGCCAGAGCGAACCGACUCCACUCGCGACGGCGCUCGGCAGGAGAAAGCACGGCAGGUCGGGCAGAGCCGGCACCAUGGCUCGUUUCUCGAGCUGGCCCACCUCUCGGGCGAGGCUGAGAAGCUUUCAGAUCCGGGCGACGAUGCACACAAGGGUGAUCCCUCGCAGGUCGGUCUGGCGCUGUCGACGCAUUCCGACAACACGUCGCUCUGGGGCUCGCACAGCGACAUCGAGGCGCUCGUGUCGUCGGUAUGGGCGAGCGACGAGCAGGCGCCCCACACGCUACCGUCGGGCCGAUAUCCGACGAGGGGCUACCAUCGGCCGACCAACAGCGGAGAGAUCCGCGCACAGCUGAGCCAUUCGCGCCUGGCCUCUUCGAGCCAGGCAGCAUCGCAGGCCCAGGUGGCGCCACCGACAUCGCGCUUCGACGUCAGCGGCAGCACCAGCGUCCGCAGAAAGUCUGCCGAAGCCGGCGUCGUGGCAGCUCCCCCGGCUCCCCCGCCUCGGGUCCCAUUGCCGCCGCCGCCAUCGUUUCCCGUCUCCUCGGUGCCGGUGCCGGUCGAAGUUACCGGGAGCGAGGUGCCCGAAGGACGCAUUCACCUGCCACCUCAAGGUUCGGGAGAAUUUGACCGGAGCGUCCAUCUCCGCACCGGUUCGAUGGGCAGCUACGCUGACCGCUCGUCGCUGCCGGUGCCGCCCCGUAAAGCGCGAUCCUCGACGCUGCUGGCGGCCAACGCGCGGUCCGGCGAGGCCGACACGUCCAACGCGGGCUCGGGCGGUCCCUUUCGAACGCCGCGCCUCGAGGCGAGCACGGGUGGUUCGUCGUCGUUUGCCUUUUCGCCCGAGGUCCUCCACCUCACACCGCCUCGACCGACGCCUCCUCGACGAGGACCGCACGAGUGGUCGUUCGACAUGCCCAGGAACCGCCGCGAGGACGCCGAGGGCGGCCACCACGACGGCCAUGGCGACGGCCACCUCGACGGCGACGGCGACGGCGAGGAUGACGAGGACGACGGUGAGGACGACGACGACGACGACGACGGACCGGGUCGCCCGCUGCGUGCGUGGCGAAGCCGCGGCAGCAUCGACAGCCUCGGCCGGCGCAGAUCGACGAGGCGCAGCGGCGACGGCGAUGGCGACGGCGCGCGGUCGUACCUGACCGAGGCCCACUCGAGGACGUCGAGCAUCGACGGCCAGCCGGUGCUGUGGGACGCCAACGAGGCCAGCAUCGAGAACCUCUUUUUCCGCCCGCCCGCCAGCGGCCCUACGUGGAUCUGA